AGAAAACGAAUUCCAUAGAAUUAAUUCGAUUGAUUUAUAAGUGUAUUUACAACUUUUAUUAAUUCAAUACCAAACAAUAACGAAAAUAUAACAUUAUAAGGGUUUUAUUUCUCUGUGUAUAAAUUUAUUCAAUUUUUCCUGGUUCAUCACAAAUAAUAUUAUAUAUUAUAAUCAAAUAUACAAAACUAUUUUUUUAAAAUGCCAAAACCAUUUAUUCAAAAUAAAAACAAACAAGUUUUAGCAACUUUUGGUGCAAGUUAUAGAAAUAGAAGAGGUAUCGAAACUCAACAUAGAGAUAAAACUAUUAAAGAAGGUGAUGAUGGUUUCGAUGAUGACUUUUAUGAAGGUGAAGAUUAUGAUGAAGAAUAUGAUGAGGAGUAUGAUGAAGAGUAUGACGAAGAAUACACUAGUGACGAGGAAGAAGAUAUUCAAGAUGCAAAUAAUACAGAUAAAAAAUUAAAAAAACUUGAAAAGGAUGACGAUUUAUCAAUGAUCGGUUUUAAAAAAGAUGGUUUUGAUUAUUCAAGAUAUAUGAAACCAAUUGGUGGUGGUUAUUUUAUUCCAGCUGUAUAUGAUGUUAAUGAUUUAAAAAAACAUAAAGGUGGUAUCCUCGAUUUAGUAAAGAAUAGUGAACCUGCUCCAUAUAUGUAUGGUUUAGAAGAAGUUAGCAAAGAUUAUAAAAAAACUGCCAAAGAAUUAGAAAUCGAUGAUGAAGAUAUUAAAGAUGCUUUAGAAGAAGAUGUUGAAGAAAACGAUUUUGAAGAAUUAGAUGAUGAUUUCAUAUUACAAGCUAAUGGUGGUUCAUUAGAAGGUUUAAAUGAAGAAGUAAAUGAAACUAUAAAGAAAUUUGGUAAAUUUAGAUUUAAUAAAAACUAUGACUUUGAUGACGAGGAUGAAUAUUAUGAAGAUGAUUAUGAUGGCGAUUACCAAGACGAAAGAAAAGUUGUAGAUGAAGUUUUAGAAGCACAAUUUGACAGAGCAUUGGAAGAGUAUGAUGAUUAUGAUAUUGGUGAAUUAGAUCCAGAAGAAACCAAAGGUCAAUGUGAUGUUAAUAAUUUCGAAGAUGUUUUUGAUGAAUUUAUUGAAGACUACAAUAAAAACCACGAAUCUUUAAUCACCCAAUUAGAAAUCUUGAAAAAGAAUAACAGUUUUAUAGCAUUAACCCAAAAAGAAAAAGACAUCAUCCUCGCCAGGGAUUGGGAAAAAGAAACAUUGGUACAAGUCGAAGAAGUCGAGGAAGAAGAAGAAGAUAAAUGGGAUUGUGAAACUAUUUUAACAACUUAUACCAAUUUAGAUAAUCAUCCAAAAUUAAUUCGUGAAGAAAAUCCAAAUAAAAUUAGAUUAUCAAGAAAAACAGGUAUGCCAAUUGGUGUAUUACCAUUAAGAGGAAGAGCUGCUGCUGCUGCCGCUGCCACUGAAGAAGAAGAAGACUCAGAUUCAGAUUCAGAUGCAGAUACCAGAGUAAAUCAAGGUGUAUCAAGAAAGAAUGAAACCAAAGAAGAAAAGAAGCUUCGUAAACAACAAUUAAAAGAGGACAGAAAAAAUAAAAGAGAACAAAAGAAAGAUUUGAAAGUUGCCUUUAAAAAAGAAGAAAUUAAACAAGUUGCUAUUAUUAAAGAUAAAAAAACAAAUCAAUCUGUUACUGUUAGAUAUUAAAAUAUUUAUAAAAAUAAAAAUAUAAAAAAAAUAUAG